AUGUCUGAUGUGCCCUCGACACUUGUCCGAGACGAUGGCUUCCGCCACAAGAUUGACUCGCACUUUGCCGGCUCGCCGCACAAGCAGUCCCGCGCCGAGUUUAUGCUCGUCACGGGUGCUACGCCCAUUGAGAAGAAGGGGCACUUUACGAGGGAGGUCGUCGGUGCUGCUGCCGCCAUGGAGGCUAUGAAGGCUUUCGAGAAGCACGAGAUCCACACUGGGUCCAAGCCGACCCAUCACCGAGCCAAGGAGAUCAUUGCGGGCCUUGCAUCGGGAUACGCCAGCCGCAUGGUCGAGGAGAAGGGUCUGCCCUUCAGCUCCACUUCUGAAAAGACCCGCUUCAUCGCCGAUGCGCAGCGCGAGGCUAUCCGGGAUUCCAAGCGCGCUCUUCGCGAGUCGGGCCUGUAUGAGGAGAGGGAGCUGGAGAAGAUUGACAAGGACGAGAUGCACGGGCAUUUGAUCUAA